GCAGCAGCGAAACGGCGAAACCAGAAACACGCUAUUUAAGUGCGAAUUAUAACUUCUAAGCAAACCCACUCACUCAAACCUUCCCAAACGCAACGCAACGCAACGCAACGCAAUCACUCCUUCACUCUAAUUCUUUCAAACCCUACCCUAGCUACCUAGGGAUUUCAAGGAGUGAUAAGCCUCGGAUUGGCAUCUUGAACUUUGCAUAGUUUUAAUGGCUUCCAAACGCAUUACUAAGGAGUUGAAGGACCUACAGAAGGAUCCUCCUGUUUCCUGCAGUGCUGGCCCUGUUGGUGAUGACAUGUUUCAUUGGCAAGCAACAAUUAUGGGUCCCGCAGACAGCCCUUAUGCUGGUGGUGUAUUCCUAGUGAACAUUCACUUCCCACCAGACUAUCCAUUUAAGCCACCAAAGGUUUCUUUUAAAACAAAGGUCUUUCACCCUAAUAUCAACAACAAUGGAAGCAUCUGUCUUGACAUUCUGAAAGAGCAGUGGAGCCCUGCUCUUACAGUAUCCAAGGUGUUGCUGUCAAUUUGCUCACUGCUCACUGAUCCCAAUCCAGAUGAUCCUUUAAUGCCCGAGAUUGCUCAUAUGUACAAGUCCGACAGAGCCAAAUACGAGAAUACUGCCCGUUCUUGGACUCAGAAAUAUGCCAUGAACUAAGGAGACUCAUUAUUUACAUGAUGAUGGUUAUGAUACUAAUUUGGGGGUAAGAUGAAGUGCAAAGGAUGUUAUGUGGGAUUUACAUAAAUCGUUGUCCGUCUUUGAUUUUAAAAUAAUUCAAACUUGGAAACUUUUAGAUGUAAA